AUGGAAGUAUCUGCUCCGCCUAAAUCCAUCAAAAUAUGGGAACGGGGGAAGAUGAUCGGCGCCGGCGGUUACGGCCGCGUUUAUCUUGCCCGUAUAUUGCCUUCGCAUCCCUUAUUUCUCUUAUACCCAUAUUUUCUAAUGGCAGUCAAAUCCGCAGAAUACUCGCAAUCUUCUUCUCUACAUCAUGAAAGGUAUCUUUUCAACAAGUUUCGAGAUUGUCCUCACAUUAUUCGUUUCCUCGGUUAUGAUUUCUCCUUCGAAAAAGACCAAAUUCUUUCAAACAUCUUCCUCGAGUACGCCUCGGGAGGUAGCUUACGCCACCGGAUCAAAGUGAUUGCAAGAAUCGAUGAGAUCGAAGCGAGAAGUUAUACCAAAUCAAUCUUAUGUGGUUUGAGAUGUAUCCAUGCACGAGGAUACGUGCAUUGCGAUAUCAAUGCUAGUAAUAUUUUGUUAGUACAUGGACAAGCAAAGAUUGCGGAUUUAGGGCUGAUGAGGAAAGUUGGGAAAUUUCAAGGUAAGUUUAUUGGGACUAGGGAAUAUAUGCCACCCGAGUCGAUUGAGUCGGGUGAGUAUGGAACCUCGACAGAUAUUUGGGGGCUCGGUUGCAUUGUGUUUGAGAUGCUAACGGAAAAAGAUGGAAAUAUGAGAAUUUGGAUGAACUUUACAAACUAUGGAGAAUGUCUAAAGAAGCGUUGGAUUUUUUGA